AUGGAGCAGCUCCGGCAGAUCGGUGAGGUGGUGGGCAGCAUCAACGCGCUCAUGGCGUUCGAGGCCGACCUCCGCAUCAACCCUCGCCAGUGCCGCCUCCUCGCCGAAACCUGCGCGCACGCGCUGGACGCCAUCACCGGCAAUGUCCGAGCCCACCUUCGCUUCGACGAGCGCGGCACCAAGUGGCGCGCCCUGGAGUCCCCGCUCCGCGAGCUCCACCGCGCGCUCCGCGACGCCGAGGGCUACGUCCGGCAGUGCCUCGACCCGCGCGGCAGCUGGUGGGCCCGCGCCGCGGCCAUGGUGCACGGCACGGAGUGCGUCGAGCACCACCUCCACAACAUCCUGUGGUGCGUCUCCGUCGCCGUCGAUGCCAUCGAGGCCGCCGGGGAGAUCGCCGGCUCCGAGCCGGACGAUCACGCGCGGACACGGCUUCUGCUCGCCAGCAAGUACGACAGGGACAUGCUCGAGCCAAAGCUGUUCCAGCUCGUGCACGGCAAGCGCUACUUGGUGUCCCGUGAACUGGUCGUUCGGAUGGACGCGGCGUGGAAGGAGGACAGGUGGGCGCUGUCGCAGCUGCUCGACGAAAUGACGGGCCCGGCGGCGCCGAAGCGCCUGACCAAGAACGAGCACCGCCUCGCCGAGGUCCUCGCCGCGCCCAGGGGGAGGCUGCACCCGGCGUCCAUUCUGCUUGGAGACGACUACAGCGUCCGCAGGAGGCUAGGCGGCCGCCUCAAGGAGGUGCAAUGGAUGGGGGAGAGCUUCGCGAUGAAGCAUUUCAUCGGGGACGGCGAGGCCGUCGGCGCCGAGAUCGAGCUGCUGGCCUCGGUGGCGCACCCGAACGUCGCGCACGCCACCUACUGCUUCCACGACGAGGAGAGGAAGGAUUACUUUGUGGUCAUGGACCAGCUCAUGGCCAAGGACCUGGGAAGCUACGUCAAGGAGGUGAGCUGCCCGCGGCGGCGGACACCGUUCCCUGUCAUCGUCGCCAUCGACAUCAUGCUGCAGAUCGCGCGCGGGAUGGAGUACCUGCACGCGAAGGGAAUGUACCACGGCGAGCUGAACCCGUCCAAUGUGCUCGUGAGGCCACGGCAAGCCGACGGCGGCUACGUGCAGGUCAAGGUCACCGGGUUCGGGCAGUCCGGCAUCGCAAUGGGCGCCAAUGUCAACGGCGACGAUAACGCCUGCAUCUGGUACGCGCCCGAGGUGCUCAAGCCGGAGGUCGCGGGUGCAGAGUCCAGGCGCACCGAGAAGGCCGACGUGUACAGCUUCGCCAUGAUCUGCUUCGAGCUCCUGACCGGCAAGGUCCCGUUCGAGGACAACCACCUGCAGGGCGACAAGACAAGCAAGAACAUCCGCGCCGGCGAGCGGCCGCUGUUCCCGUUCCAGACGCCCAAGUACCUGACCGCCCUGACCAAGCGGUGCUGGCACGCCGACCCGGAGCAGCGGCCGGGCUUCUCCUCCGUCUGCCGCGUCCUCCGGUACGUGAAGCGGUUCCUGGUCAUGAACCCGGAGCAGCAGCAGCAGGCCGCGCAGGGCGACGAGCCCGUUGUGCCACCCGUGGACUACCUCGACCUGGAGAUGCAGCUGCUGAGGAAGCUCCCGGCGUGGCAGCGAGGUGAGGGCGCCCGCGUGUCGGACGUGCCAUUCCAGAUGUUCGCGUACAAGGUGUUGGAGAGGGAGAAGAUCGCAGGCGUGGCGCAGGCCAGGGACAAGGCCUCCGACUCGGGCAGCGAAGGGAACUCGCUGUACGGCGAUGAGAACGGCGUUGGGGUAAUGUCGCCGGACCGCCCUUCCUCGGUGGCGUCGAACGGCACCAUGCGGCCGCUGCCGGACAGCAGCGAUGGAAAGAAGCCGCCGUCGGCCAAGAAAGCGGACGGCAAGGCGGCCAGGCAACCAGUUGCAGGGCACCCGCAGAAGGUGAAGCCGGGCAACCCAGCGAGGACUCCGCAGGCACCAAGACGGACGCUCGGAGUGAAGACCGACGGCGUCUCGUAG